AUGACUGCAGGUUGUCUCUCCAUCUCGCAGAUCAACUUGCAGCACUGCAAAGCGGCCACGGACCUGCUCCGUUGGCGACUUGCGGUGCAGCACACAGAUAUACAUAAAUACACGAAUAUAGCCCUGAUACAAGAGCCCUGGUUAAUCCAAGGGCAAGUAGGGGCGCUAGAUAUGAAACAAGGCUCCAUCUUCCAUGGAGACCUGGAGACUGGACCAAGGGCAUGCGUGUACGUGAAAAGAGGGCUCGGGGCAACGAAACUGGCAGAAUUCUGCACAAGAGACCAAGCAGCAGUCCUACUCCCAGCGGGGGUGGGAGGUAGCAGGGCGAACCUGGUGGUUUUCUCGACUUACCAGCCCUAUGACUCUGAGGGGCCCCCGCCAACGAGGGAACUCAGAGAGCUGCCGGACUACUGCAAGGUCAACGGGCUGCAACUAGUGAUUUGGUGCGACGCAAAUGCUCACCAUAUCGUCUGGGGCAGCAGCAAUAUAAACAAAAGAGGCGAGGCAUUAUUAGAAUACCUCGCUACCACGGAUCUGGAGAUUCUAAACAGAGGCUCCAGUCCAACGUUUGUCACCUCCCGGCGACAGGAGGUGCUUGACAUCACGCUAGGCUCCGCACAGGCGGCCCAAGCCAUACAAGAUUGGCGUGUGGAAGAUGAGGCUACGCUAUCUGACCACAGGCUAAUCACUUUCAAGUUAAAGAUGAAUGCAGACCUAAGGGCCUCGGAAACAUACAGGAACCCCAGGGCCACCUGCUGGCCUUAA